GAGCGGCUCGCAACAAAUCCAUUAGGUCUUGUCGGUACCCAGUCUGUUUCACCGUCAGAAUCUCGACGCAGAGGAGAGCGAGGGGUGGUCCUGCCUAUAGAGGGAUUCGAGACAGUUGUGCAGAGCGUAUAUGUGACAAGCUGAGAGGACUGACGCUCGGACCCUUUUGCAUAGAGAGACUGAUGGAGCCGUGGCAGGAACGGACGUGAAAAGAGACGAGUGAACUGCUAUACUUCCCAGUCGAUGAAACUGCGAAAGUCGUGGGAUAGACAGUCAUGUUGCCCUCUCUCGGCCCGGAAAAUACUUCUCUGCAGAGGAAGCUGAUGGAGCGAGCCGUGGAGCAGGAGGAGCAGGGGAACGAGGUCGAGGAGGACGAGGACGAGGACGAUGAUGAGGAGGUCGAGGAGAAAGAGGCUGAGGAGGUCGAGGAGAAAGAGGCUGAUGAGGUCGAGAGACGAAAGAGGUCGAGGAGGGUGACGGAGAUGGACUUCUACCGCAUAGGCAAAGGAGGAGAAGAACUAAAAGGCGAAUGA